UUACGAUCGCACCUCAACAAGUCAUAGGAGCUAACUAUUUUCAGACAGCCGGAGAAGAUGGAGAAAACGACGCCGUUAGAAGUACCGAGAAUUAAGCUUGGUUCACAGGGACUAGAAGUUUCCAGAAUCGGGCUGGGUUGUAUGAGUAUGUCCGGCAACUACGGCCCGCCCAAGCCCGAGCCCGAAAUGAUCAAAGUACUCCACCACGCCAUUGAUACUGGAGUCACUUUCCUCGAUACUUCUGAUAUCUAUGGGCCUCUCACCAAUGAAAUCCUCAUCGGCAAGGCUAUUAAAGGAAUGAGAGAGAAAGUACAAAUAGCUACCAAGUUUGGUAUAUCUUUCGAAGAUGGGAAAAGGGGCAUUUGUGGCGAACCUGCAUAUGUAAGGGCUUGUUGUGAGGCCAGCUUGAAGAGACUGGACAUCGACUGCAUUGAUCUGUAUUAUAUUCAUCGGAUCGAUACUCAGCUGCCAAUUGAAGUCACGAUGAGAGAACUGAAAAAGCUCGUUGAAGAGGGUAAAAUCAAAUAUAUAGGUCUAUCAGAGGCUUGUGCAUCUACAAUCAGAAGGGCCCAUGCUGUUCAUCCAAUAACAGCUGUUCAGAUGGAAUGGUCUUUGUGGACUAGGGAUCUAGAGGAAGUAGUUGUUCCUACUUGCAGAGAACUUGGCAUAGGGAUCGUCCCUUAUAGUCCUCUUGGACGAGGAUUCUUCUCAGCAGGCGCAAAAUUGAUUGAAAACUUGUCUGAAGAUGACUUUCGCAAGAAUUUCCCUAGGUUCAGGCCGGAAAAUUUUGAGCUUAACAAGCAAGUAUUUGAGAAACUGAAUCUUAUGGCUGCAAGAAAAGGAUGCACUCCUUCACAACUUGCAUUGGCUUGGGUUCUUCACCAAGGAGAUGAUGUAUGCCCUAUACCAGGCACUACUAAGAUUGAGAACUUCAACGAAAACGUUGGGGCGUUAUCUGUAAGGUUGACUGCAGAAGACAUGAAAGAGCUCGAGUCUUAUGCCUCUGUUGUCAUAGGCGAAAGACAUUUGUACAUGGCAUCAACUUGGAUGAAUUCAGAGACUCCGCCAUUGUCCUCCUGGAAAGCUGAGUAGGGGUACAACAGGUGACAUCUAUUGGCUUUGGUAGGAUUCUGGACACACAUGCACUGCAUAUAUUUUACGGAAACUUGCCUAUUACCAACGCCUUUAUGCUCCAUGAUAUAUUCGAAAAAUUUGCUUAGAUCUCGUCGUUCAAUAAUGUGGGAAGCUUAUAACGCCUUUUUCUGAUUCCGGACAUAGUUGCUCAAUCUGAGAUCAUGAGAUUAUAUGGGAGAAUAUACAUGUGUAUGUGACUCUGUAUAUGUAUACACGUGUAUGUAUACAUGUGUAUGUGACUCUGUAUACGUAUUAAUCAUAGCAAAAUAAACAUUAAAGCAACUUAUCACU